AUGGCGAUGAAACUAAAUGGAAAGUCUCCUGUCUCCUCCGACUCUGACGAAAAAUUCAUGUUCUUCAAAGAUGUCUCUCUAGGUCCCCAUGAAACUCAGUUGCGCUUCCGACUCAUCCAUUUCUGGGAGGCUCGAAAUCCGGUGGAGAAGACACUUAUUGGCAUGGAAAUGCUCCUCAUCGACGAGCAGGGAACUGUCAUUCAGGGAUUCAUCCCACCAGGACGUAUCAAGAAGUACUUGCCUGAUAUGAAACAAGGAUCAGUUUACAGACUCAACAACUUCUACGGAUCGAAAAACAAACCGGUGUAUCGGGUUGCUGAUCAUAUCGCAACUGUGUCUUUCACAUGGAACUCUGAAUUGUCGGUUCUUCGCGAGAUUCCAACCUCUUUCGAUGAAGACCGUUUCAGGUUUCAUUCAUAUGAAGAUUUUCAAGCUAACUGUGAUGUCAAAGGUGACCUCUACGAUGUUGUUGGCCACAUGAAGCUGGUCAAUGGACAGACUCUUAUUGAGCGUCCCACACUUGAUGAAGUGAAGAUCGCUACCACUCGGCACAUUAUGGUUCAUCUGCAAUCACAUGAGUAA